UGCAUAAUUGUAACAGGCGAAAUGCUGCUAACAUUUUCAAUAUGAAGUUUUAUACAGUGCGUUUAAAAUAAAAAAGCAAAUAAGGAAUUACGAAAAAGACCUAAGAACGUUUAUCAUAAUAUGUGUGAUUUUAACAAAAACAGCAACGAUGAGUUUUGUGUUCAAUGGAAAGUCGACAGAGCUGAAUGAGAGUGUUUUCACAAAGCUGAAGGCGCUUUGUCAUCCCAUCAAGAUCGGUGGAGCAGCGUUUCUUUCUGAGGUCGCUGUCCCUUUUUACAACCAACCCCUUGUGAUAUGUACGCGAAACAAGGCUUUGGACACAGCUCUGACGGACACAGAUAUUACGACUUGCCUCGAGCAUUGUGUAUUGCAUUUUGCCAUUGUUCCACAGUUGGCGUUCUACAGAGAUGGAAAACGAGUCAGCUACAUUUCUCCCUACUUCCGUGGAGGAAACCUGAAGAACGCCAAAGCACUGUCAUGGAGGGAUCGGUUACGAAUACUUUACCACAUAUCUUGCGCCAUAGAUUACCUUCAUAAACCUCCGUGUGAUGGGAGAACACCGGUUGCCCAUGGCGGAAUUUCCAGGAAGAAUAUUGUGUUGGACGAACAAAACAAUGCCCGACUGUUGUACUAUGGACCGAAUGAUAUUGGUGAGGCCUACCGUACGGGUGACAUUGAACGGGAUAAGGCAAAGGAUUGGGAGGACUUUAAACAAGUGUUCCAAGAGAUGUUCCCCGAGAACGACAGAUCUCCAAUAAUGAUUGAUAAACUCAAGAUACUGGAGCCGGACCGGAAUAUCAAAGCAGAGCUGACGGCAUUGCUGAGGAAUAAAGCUAUCAUACGAUGGGUACGGCAGAAUGCAGAUGACAAAAGAAAGUGCGAAAUCUGUUUUGUCAACGACUAUGAGCCAUUUUGCAACGAGCUUAAACAUGACUUGUGUAAGGACGAUAUCAAAAUACAUAUGUGUGUUGGCUGUUUGUGGAACUGGCGAUACAAUCCUGUCAAGUGCCAUAGCUGUGAUCAACCAAAAAUACAAUCCCCUGUCGGUGACGGAUGGGGUGCAAUAAUGAUAGCCGGGUCAGAAGAAAGCUUUCAGAGUGACAUCGAAGAGAUGAUGACGCAAGUGAUCACAAACCCGACUUGCAUGGGAGUGAGAGGCGAUACUACAGUUGUAGUGCAAAAGUCGGACAAACCGUAUCAUAGCCAACUAGACAAGGCGUUCAAAAGGAUGAGAAGUCUAGCUAUUAGCACGCUCGUGUUAAUGAUCUCUGGCCACCAUGGAAAUGGCAAAUUUCGUUUGGAUACAGGAAUAUUCCUUACUGACGAUGAUCUCAUUCAUGAAAUAAACGUACUGACGAACAUAACCAAAGUAAUAUUGUUCCUUGACGGUUGUCAUUUAGACAAGUUCCAUAACAAGUUUGGUGAUAAAGUUGUUUUACAGUUUAACGCUGUGAUGAGCCACCAAACAGCAACAGCACCUAGCCUAGAAGGAAGUUAUUUUAUUAAACAAAUCGUCAGGGCCUUCAAAACAGAUUUGGACAAAAUAACAAUCCGAAACGAUGACCUGGCAGAUUAUAUAUCGGAAAAAGGACAACAUGAUAAAACGUCAACGAAUUUUGCGAAUACAAACGGAAUAUGUGAUCGUAUAGUGGCAUUUCGUACACAUGGUUUGUCUUUUGCAACGAUGCUAGAUGAUGCAUUGAAACUUUCACCGCUGAUAGUUUUGAAGACAAGACUGAUCAAGUAUAUAUUGCACGCGUACUCAACGAUUCCACUGAACCCAAUCCUGCAGCACAAACAUUCUAAGUUGGUUGACUUCUACGAACCUACAAAAAUGACAACCACAAUCGAGGAGACUGAACAUAAAGAUAGUAAAACCCGAAAGCCUUAUGAUGUACCAAAAACAGUUCAAAUGGAUCUAUCCAAAAUUGAGGAAUUGUUCAUCUCAAAUCAAUCUUACGGUUACAAAAGCCCAUCAAACACAAACAGAGUUUACAUCUCAGGUGAAGCCGGAAUGGGUAAGACCUCUUUUAGUCAAUAUUUGGCUUUAGCUUGGUGUGCUGUUCAUGGUGAGACUGAGGAGUGUGUGAGUAUGAGAGAGAAAAUGAAGAAGUUUAAACACUUUAAUGACAUUGAGUAUCUGAAACAGACACAGCUGCUAUUUCUACUUCAUUUGCGAAAGUUUGAGAAUGAAUCUGAUUGCAAGAAAAUGUUGAGAACAUACCUGCAAUCAGAUCUAGGAUACUCUAAUGAAGAUAUCAACGAACUGUUGUCUGAUAUAAACAGUCCAAAGACUGUAUUAUUAAUGGAUGGACUUGAUGAAUGGAAAUGUAAAGCAACUAAAAUGCCAUUGUAUACUUCAGUAUCCGACGCAAUUAUCAUUUGCACGUCCAGACCUUGGAAGAUAGAUUCCUGUGUUAUCGCACGACUGCAGGAUUACAACAAAGUAGUCAUCACUGGUAUCGGGUUUGAUUCUGUAGGAAAUCUUGUCCGCAAUGUAACGAACUGUUUUAGACUAGAACGCAUUGCUGUUCGUGACAAUACUUCGGACUUCAUUCAAACGCUUCGCGAUAAAGAACUGAGAACAAUUCUUAAUCUCAACGCGUCAGCAUCACGUGAGGUGCUCAUGAUACCUGUGCUUAUUCUUCUACUCUUGUGUCUCUGGCAUGAUGGGAAAGAUUUUGGAAGUACACGUACACAAGUUUAUAUAAACAUGGCUGAGGCUCUGUUACGUCGUAUGAAGAAAAAACAGGGUUUACAAUACAAAGAAACAACUAGCGAUUAUCAGUUACCAGUUUUGUUUAGAACUAUGGAGGCAAAAUGCUGUAUCGAACAAAGCGAAAACAUCGCAAAACUAUCAGAAAUAGCAUUUUGUUUGCUGUUCACUGGACAAACAGAACACUCUCUUCAGUUCUCAAAUAAGGACCUUAGUCGUUUAGGGUUGUCUGUGAGAGAAAAUCUAGAAAUUGAAAAAAUGUUUAAGGAUAUAAAGCAGUUUUGUUUAAACUCUGGAAAUAUUCGAGGAACAACCAGAAUGUCGAGUUCAAGUCAGGAUAAAAUAUAUAGUUUUAUCCACAAAUCGUAUCAGGAGUUUUUUGCAGCCUUACAUAUCGUUGCACAAAAUUGUGAUCAACACAUAUGUCAGGAAAUAGAGGCAAAUACCACAUCGCUACAAGAUGUGGUUGACUUGACGAACGUCUUCGACUUUGUAUGUGAAUUUGAUUCAAACUGCAUAGAAUCAAUGGUGUCAUUGAUAGAUGAGCUAACAACAAAACAUGCAAUGCAGACUGAUGAUUACAGGAGAAUCAACUUUAUUAAGACGAUGCAGGGUAUUAUUUUUGAAAGCUGUUUUAAGAAUAUAAAGGAAGGUAAAGUGUCGAUCAAUCUUUCGAACCUUGUUCUCAAUGGUUCAGAUAGGAAAACUGUAUUACGAAAUGGAGAACUCAUGAAUCUCCUAAGAACCAAUGAAAACAAAAUUGAAAGACAUCAUUUGGAAAUUACCUUGAACAAAACGUUUGGUAUUCUUUGUUUAACUAAUUUGUCCUUAUCAAGUGACAUGGACGUUUCUCAAUUUGAUAUGGAAGAGCUUAGACUGGUCAAAGUAAGGACAGAGUUCGUGAAUCUGAGUAAAGUUCAACGUCUCAAACGGAUUGAAAUUUGCUUAAAUGAACCAACCACUGUCUCCAUACAAUUCCAAGAUGCAAAAAAACUCAAUUAUCUCAAACUGAAGAACUGUUCCCUGUCUGGCCCAUUGGACCUCUCUCAGUGUCCACUGAAGGAGCUGAAGCUGAAUAUGACAAAGGUGGAGACAGAAACACUUGUUAUAACUAGUUGUGUACAGAAAUGUGAAGCAUUGAACAUGUGUUGUCCAUUUGACUUUACUAAUGCGAUCAAACUUACUAAUCUUAAUGUCAUGUCGUGUUCCCUUCCUGGCCCUCUGGACCUAUCUCAGUGUCCACUUCAUGAGCUGAAGCUUUAUGAGGUUCAGACAGAGAAGGUGGUCACAGGUUGUGUGGAGACAUGUACGGUACGGCAUAUGAAUUGCUCGUUUGAAUUUAUGAAUGCAAUCGAACUAACCAAUCUUAGUAUGAUGGACUGUUCAAUUCAAGGCUCAUUGGACCUGUCUAAGCGUCAACUUGUGGAGCUGAAUCUUCAAAGGGUUAAGACAAAGAAGAUGGUCACAGGUUGUGUGGAGACAUGUAAGGUUGUCGAUAUGAAUUGUUCAUUUGUAUUUACGAAAGCAAACAAACUCAGUAUGAAAGACUGUUCCCUUCCUGACUCAUUGGACCUGUCUGAGUGUUCACUUGAGGAGUUGACGUUAUAUAAUGUUGAGACUCAAAAUGUUGUCACAGGUUGUGUAAAGACAUGUACGGUAAUGCGUAUGAAUUGUUUAUUUGAAUUUACGAAUCCAAAGACACUGACCAAUCUCAGUAUGCAAUCGUGUUCUAUUCCUGGCCAACUGGACCUGUCUCAGUGUCCACUUGAAGAGCUGACUUUGCAAACAUGUUCACUGUCAGGCCAACUGGACCUGUUUAAGUGUCCGAUAAAGAAGCUGACUAUUCAAAAAUGUUUUUUGGCAGGCAUACUGGACCUUUCUCACUAUCAGUUAGAGACGCUGAUUCUUGAUGCGAUUAACAUAAAAGAGGUGGUUACAUUUAGUAUGGAGACAUGUACGGUAGGGAAUAUGGAUUGUCUAUUUGAAUUUUCGAAUGCAGUCAACCUGACCAAUCUCAGUAUAAUUUCGUGUUCUCUCCCCGGCCCGCUGGACCUAUCUCAUUGUCCGCUGAAGAAGUUUAAUAUGGAAAAAUGUUCACUGUCUGGCCAACUUGAUCUAUCUCAUUGUUCACUGGAGCUACUGAUACUGAAUCGUGUGACAGCAGAGAAGGUCACUAUUGGUUGUGUGAAUACAUGUUUCUUAAAGAGCAUGUCUUGUUCUUGGCAGUUAGUACAUUGCGGAGUACAGAAUUGUAUCCAUGAUCAGCCAUUGACAAUAUUUGAGUUAAAAGAAGCUUGUGACUUAACGUCAACCAUUGAACUGUCAAAAUCAUCGAUUGAACAUUUAAUAUUGAAUGAACCCAACAUAUCCCCGCCCGUGUUUGAAGACCAGAUGAGGCACAUUUACAGCUUGUCCCGACAUAUGACGUGUACGGUGAGGGGAUUGAAGAAGUUCUGGGAGAAGAUGGAUGUUGGAAAGAAAUUAAUGGAAGCUAUUGAAAAGAUGAAGACUGAUGGAAGGUUUUCCGUAAAACAGAACUCUCGGACUGUCACUAUAAGAACUAGACACUAAAUAAUGCAACGACCUCGACCAGGUCACAAUUAUGGUGUAGGAAGACAGGGUGUACUUUGAGAGCAGUGAUGAGGGAUAGAUAGUAAAGCCAGUGCUACCGAUGUACGAUUAACUACGCAGUUAAAUAAAAAAAAACUAAAACAACAUAGCUUUUUCUAAACGAAUUCAUAGCAAUGUGAUAUAUUAUUAGCAUUGUCUAACAUUUCAAACUGACGUUCACUUAAAUAGCAGAAAUAAAAACUUUAUUAUUUAAAAAAAGGUUAAACGACACUAAACAAAACUUUUAACUAGAACAGUACACGCUUGUCUUCAAUUCCUUAUUCUAUGCUAUUAAAAUGGAUAGUGUGUGUGUGUGUGUGUGUGUGCGUGUGCGUGUGCGUGUGCGUGUGCGCGUGCGCGUGCGCGUGCGCGUGCGCGUGUGCGUGUGCGUGUGUGUGUGUGUGUGUUUUCUAAUGAUACGUAUGUGCCCGUGAUUGUGUUAUGUUGCAAACAGUGUGUUUUAGAUAUGUUACGAAUCCUCGUCUGUUUCUUAAUGUUUUCCUGAUCCAAUUCUGGCUUCUCAUACUUCGUCAUGUAUUUAUACGUAUAGUUCUUAAAAAUGCAUUUAUUAACAUAACACAAUGGGUGAUAUGAUGAAUGAUGUAUUCAUUUUUUUACGAAUAAAUGUUGUAGACCUUUUAUCAUUCAUUACAGUGCUUUUGUACUCUGCAUUAACUGUUCAUUUGGGUUCAUUUUAUUAAAAAACAAUCGUUUAAGUAGCAGGUUCUUUUGCGGCAACAUUGCUGCGCAAAAUGAAACAUGUUUGUGCAUGUAAUAAGAGGACUUUUACUAUAUAAUUAUUAGGUUGUCCACAACUCAGUCCAUAUACCAAAUUCACAGUACUUUGAUGUUGCUUGUUAAUUUCGUUUAGAUGUGUGUUGUUUUUACAAAUUGCGAUAAAAAAGGAAAGUGUUAAUUGUCAUUUCUUAUUGUAAAUGUAUUGUUGUAUCUCUAACAAUGAAUAUGUUUUUUGGUAAAAAGCAAAUGGUGUUUUGAGGGAAACUUUAGUAUUCCCCCCCCCCAAAAAAAAAAAACAGUUUAUACGAUUAAUUGGUAUUUAGAAAAAAAAUGGUAAACACAAUGGGGUCCAAUGAAAGUCAAACUUGUUUACAGUUAUAGAGAUAUGCUGUAAUAGAUAUCAGAUUUCAGAUUUUAGAUUUAAACAUUUCAAAUAUCCAAUUGAUAUUUUAUUGAUAGAAUCGCAAAAGGUCGUACAUUGAAGCAAAGAAAUAAUUCGGCUUUUGAAUAAUCAAAAGAAAUACAGAUGACAUUUGAAUGCACUUUGAUGUGUUUAUAUGUCAUGUACAUUUUCACUGUUUUGUAAAUUAAAUUUGAAAAAGCGAAAGUCAAAAAGUAACACCUUGUACUAAGAUCAAUUAUGUAAUUAUGUUUGGUUAUUUUAAAGACGAAAAUUAUGGAAUACGCUAUGUUGACAUGUAGAUAUCAUUGUUUGUAUUGCAUAUGACAGACGCUUAUUAUGAUUGUAAACAUAUAUUAUUUGAUGUAGUUUAAAUCAUAGAUCAUUUUUGACAGAAACAAAUAAAAAAGGUCUAAACUAUUCGAACGUAGUGUGUGUACAUGAUAAAAUUGUAAUUGCUAUUUUUCGAUAUUGUUUAUAUAUUAAAAAAUGUUAUUUAACAAAA